AUGAUAACACCUGAUCUGGCGGUAGGAAAGAUGUCAGGAACCGUGGGAGGAACUGUAGGAGGUUCACGAAUAGCAGGAGGUGUGUCAGGGGUGUUAGGAGGUGUGGCAAAAGGAGCGGUAGGAGGAACACUGGAUUCACCUUGUGGGGUCUACACCGCGACUAUCACGGGAAACACUGUGACAGUCCAUUCUGACCAUUCCAAGACCUAUCGAUUACCUUCACUGCCUACGGGAGGUAUUAAAUGGGAACAUGUUGUCUCUGGAGAUAGCACAAAAUUUGCCGUGGUGGUGGAGUCGAUGGUGGCGGUGAUUGAUCUCCGGUACGAUGAGCCUAUGAUUAUUUAUGAAGAGGAAGGAGUUGAAGAAAUCGAAUGGAUCCGGCCAGUUGGUGGUGGUGGUGGUAGCACCACUGGUGGUUCAGAUUCUCCAGAGAUCAGUGCUGGGGCUACCCUGCCCAUUGAGACCAAUGAAGGCGCCUACGUCAACUCCAAGCAACUCCUCGUAUAUACCACCAACUACCUCCAGGCUAAGCUUUACAGCCUUGACUGUACCCACACUUUGUGGUGCAUCGAUAAACCGAUCACAAGAAUGCCCAUAUAUCGCCCUGACGAACGGUUCUGGACCGUGGUGUCCAGUUGGCGACCUCCUGGGACAGAUGAUUUGUUCCCUUUGGUACACCAGAUGUACAACGACGGCAGUCAAAGCUUUAUCUUCCACCAGACGACGUUACCCGACCCAUUACUCUCGACCAACUUCGUGUUAGAGUGGGCGAGAUCGGGGAAAUGUAUGGUGUAUUUCAAUGGGACAGAUAUCUUGGGAGGGUUUAAGUUGAGGGUGGUUCCGGUAUUAGGGGUCGGUGGCAGUAGUACUGAAACCCGUGGUAUUGGUGCUGGUGCUAGAAUUGGUUCUGGAGGUACUGAUACUUCGUCUGACAGUACUAAUGGUGCCAAUGGCAUACCUCAAUCUAAACCAAUCCUCUCCCUCACCUACCUUAACGAAGCCCUGGACGACUCCCCCACUACCCGUAACUCAUCGUACUACAUGACCACCAUGCUCCAUCGGGGCCAGGAUUUGGUGUCGGUGGUCAGUGCUGGUUACGACCAUGACCUUGAAAUCAUCGUCGUAUCAGUAGACCUCCUUCGUAUUACUCGUACUGUGACCAUUAAACUGUGGGAAGGUAGGUCCUGGUACCAGCAAUUUGAUGGCUACACCACUACCUACGUCCAAGGAACCAAACCUCCCGUUUGGGACAUUAAACUGGUGGUAACGUUAGACGAGUAUUUGGUAGUACAAAAUGAAAAGCUGGUAGCGGUGAUUCGUUACGUCGAUGGUACUUUUGUACCCAUAGAUGUCAUUCACACCGAUAAGAUCGUUGAUAUGGUGGUAGGUGACGACAUAGUGGUGGUCACUGAUACCCAUAGAUUAGUUUAUGAUUUUGAAUCCAUAGUACUCGGGCUUUGA